UCAUUUGAUUAGAACCGCAUGAUACAAAGUUUCAGUCCUUUAAGAACGACAUGCACGAAUAGUGGGCUCUCGAGAGCACGCAUAGUAUAUAUAUAAAAUUUAUAAAAAAAGGUUAUCACAAUUACAGUUUUUCAUUAAACAAAACAUAUAGAAAAUAUAUAUGAUCUGUUAAAACUUGGCGCAUGAAUAGUGACAAAACAAAAGAUUUAUAAUUCAGUAACUUCCUGAUUGUCUAUAAUUUUCUUGCUUUUCUAUUAGAUUAUAUUAAAAGGAACUAAUAAGAAAGAGACUAAUAACAUUUAUAUUAUUGUUUAAUACAACCAAAUGCAUACGUAUCAGUGUUGGCAUUGGCUUUCAUGGAAAAAGAAUAUCGAAAAAAUCGCUAUUCAUAGCUAAGCCGCCAAGGAUUGUGCGGAAACUGAUUGAGCGCAAGUAUUUAUAAAAAAACAGAAUUAUUAUGUCAAAGACGGUAUUAUGUGUUUUACUGAAGGUGUUAAUGUCAGCGAGAGCGGAUAUUUCACCAAAGGAUCUGAAUUCAAACGUCACACAGGAUAUUCCACUAUCCGAGAACAACGAUUAUCACAUUUUACAGAAUCUUAAAUCUGACCGAAGUCAACCUGAUAGUGUGAAUGUGGGAAACAAAAUUGAUGAGAUUCCAUUUACAAAUAUGUCCGUGAUCCCAGAAUCUACUGAUAGCACUUUGCGCAAACCAACAUCUCUCAAAGCAUUUGUCGAGUUCUACAAUGGGUUCCCAAAUAAAGAAGACGACAUUUAUGUGACAUUCAGAUGGAACCAACCUAAUAUUACAGACAAAUUAAUACAAGGAUACACAGUGCAGUGUUGGUUCAUCGAGAACCAAAAAGAGAUUCAAAUUUGCAACAACGAAAGUAUCUCAGCUGCGAUAUUGGAACGCACAGUGCACAAUUUAAAACCUAACACGACAUACUAUUUUCAAGUACAAGCACAUACUAAAGUUGGUGCUGGCCCUUACACAAAUUUAAUUAAUGUUUCGACUACGCACGAAAAUCCAAUACCGCGAUUAUUGACCAUAUCGAACAAUGGUAUCGAUAUAUGGGAUUUGGAUUCAAAAAUCAACGUUAAUCUCGUUGUGGAUAAUGACAUACAAAGUGUCGCUUAUUGGAUAGUGGAACAUAAAAUUUUUUGGAGCAACCAAAAGAGAGAAAUAAUGAUGUUGAAAAUGAAUGAAAACAAUUACACAAUGAAAAAUAUUACAAAAAUAACUGAGCUUCAAUAUGUUGCGCGCGAUCUCUGCAUCGACUGGAUAGCGAGAAAUCUGUACUGGAUGGAAUCCGACUAUAUAUCUGGUUUUCGUGACAUUGUGAAGCUCGACUUAACAAUGUGGGAAAAUGGCAUAAUCAAAUAUGAUAAAAUAUCAAAAAUAAAAACCUAUCUUGACAUUGAUCGUUUAACUAUAUUACCGUCUAUAGGAACUUUAUAUUGGACAAAUUACUCUACGGAUAAUAAAUGUCAGAUAAUACAAUCGGAUCUUGAUGGAAAAAACGCUCGAACCUUUCAGAACAACAGCUUUAUUAUGUCCUUAUUACGAUUCCCACUCUAUACGUCAAAUUAUUUAGUUGAUAUGAAAAUUGACGACAUGAAUACUAAGGAGCCGCUAGUUUAUUGGCUAUGGCAUGAUUUUUUGUUUGUGACAGACAUUAACGUUUUUAUAUACAAUUUGAUUUUGCAUGUCGAUAAUUUUACCAAAAAUGACUAUCAAAUAAGGUUUCAAUCUUUAACAAUUGACAAGACAAACAUUUACAUUUCUACAGCUUUAAAUAAAAAUAUAUAUGUUUUGAAAAAAGAGUAUGCACUUCUCACGAGCGAAGACGCAUUCAAAAACAUCGAAAAAAAAACAGCGUCUUCCUGGAUUAAUUACUUGUAUGCUUUCGGUAAAUCUUUGCAACCUCCGAGGAGAAAUCUAACGUCUGACAAAAUAGUUGAUAAUGUAAAAAUAUUAAAGCAAAUAUUAGUUAAGGAAUAUUAUCUAUCAUUCCACUUAAGCAGUGUCGCUAUAGUUACUAUAAUCUGGAUCUACUACUUUUACUAUUUGUAUCAACGCAAAAAAAGUAACGAGCAGGUUUUGCCUCCGAUAAUGACUGACAUCGAAUUAGCGAUUCUACGUGAAUUCCCUAUCAAUAAUAUUCAAUGCAAUAUGUUAUACAAACCUAUGUUGCAAUAUAAUUCGGAUGUACUGAUCAAAAUCAAACGUGAGCAGAUCACGCUAGAAAAAUGUUUAGGCAGCGGCGCAUUCGGAAGGGUGUUUCAAGGAAAAGUAAAGAAUUUAGAAGGACCGGACAUAGAGAUACCCGCUGCCAUAAAAAUGCUUCGAAAGAAUGCUUCUUCGCAAGACAAAGAGAAAUUUUUAGAAGAGGCCAGGCUUAUGAAUUACUUCCGACAUAAACAUGUACUAAGAUUGCUGGCCGUCUGCUUAGACGAAGAUUCUCCAUUAAUUGUAUUGGAAUUAAUAGAGAUUGGUGAUCUGCUACAAUAUUUAAGAGAUAGUAGAAAAUUGCAACCGUCAGAUUUGCACGUUCUGCGUCUGCAAGAUUUGUUUGCCAUGUGUGAAGAUGUUGCGCGAGGCUGUUGCUACCUGGAAAAUCUGCAUUUUGUUCAUAGGGAUCUCGCGGCUCGAAAUUGCUUAGUAUCCGCUAGAGAUCGCGAGAACCGUGUUAUUAAAAUUGGCGAUUUUGGACUAACCAGAGAUAUUUCCAAGAAUAAAUAUCACCGCUCGGAAGGACAAUAUGAGCUCCCUAUUUGCUGGAUGGCACCGGAAUCUCUGUUGGUGGACGGAAUAUUUACUUCCCAGAGCGACGUUUGGUCAUUCGGGAUUCUAAUGUGUGAAAUUACAUCAUUGGGUGAGCAUCCCUACCCUGGCAUGACUUUUGUGGAAGUGAUAGAUUAUGUACACGCUGGAGGCAGGUUGUCAAUGCCUCUCAAUUGUCCACCGACUUUGUACGAGUUGAUGUCACGUUGCUGGAAUCCAGCGGAUGAUAGACCGAACUUCGAACUUUGUCUCGAAAAUAUUAUAGCUCUAAGAAAUAAUAUAGAAGAUACUUUCCUGAAUCCAGUGGAUAUCUAACCGAUGAAAUUAAAUUAAUUAAUGACGUUAUUUUCCAAAUGAUCCAAUGAGAAAUUCAACGUAGGUAAAAUAAUUUUAAAAAAAAGACUAAUAUUCUGGCGUUUUCAAGUUUAAUUUUAAUAUAUUAGAGUUGCCGAUAAAGAUAAGAAAGACAUUCUUCAAUUUUGAUCUGCAAAAAAUUUUGAUGAUGAAAAAACACAACACUUGUUUUUACAAUUGUAAAUAACGUAAUGCUGACUAGUACUUUGUUAGUACUUUCGAAUAAUCUUCUAAUUACUAUAAUUAUCUGUAGAUUGCUACAGUAAUUUUAAAAAUAAUGUCUAUUUUUCAUAUUAUAUUAACAUCCUGUUUUAUAUUCUUAUAUUUUUUCUUACUUAAAUGCUUACAUAAA